AUGUCUAAGAAUAAUCCAAACUUUGCAAAGCGAUAACGAGAUGAGCCUGAAGAAGAGGAGCUAGAUAGAUCUCCUUAGAAGCUCAACUUAUCCAACAAUCAGUCGAUUGCCAAGAUAAUGCCCAUUGAUAGAAGAGAUGACAUGAACGAUUCUCGUGAUAUCGACGAUGCUAACAAGGCCAAAGAUGAUUAGCAGCCUUAAUCUAAGGGAUUUUGCAGGAAUAUUAGAUUUUGCAGGAAAAAGAAGAUUGCUAGCACAGAGGGUAGAAAGACUUUAAAAAAGAAAGAGAGCAUGGAUGAUGAUUUUGAGAAGAGUGACGCUGAGAAAAGAGAGGAUAGAACUAAAUACCUAUGGCAACGAUUAAGGGAACAUGUUAAACUUAUGAAAAUGAAUAUCCAGUUCAUUGCAACGUCUUAAUAAAAAGUGGAUUUAAAGAAAUAUGAAGCUCAAAAUGAGGACAUAGAAUAAGAAGAUGAGGAUGACGAAACUGCGAAAUAGGAUGCUCAGAAAAAGACAUUUUUGUAAUACAUUAUCAUUCAUCCAGAGAAGAGUACUUUUAAAAAUUUCUGGGACAUCUAUAUAAAUCUAGGACUGACUGUGAAUUUCUUUCUAGUACCAUUUACUUUGGCAUUUGACCAUGAAAAGCCUUUUGAAAUAAGCAGAUAGACCUACAUGUGGGAGCUACUUUAUGACAUCUCUUUCCUAUUCAAUAUCCUGCUGAAUUUCAUCACAGCAUUUCAAUAGGAUAUAGAAUGGAAAUUUAAACUAAAAGAAAUAGCUAAAGCCUAUAUAAAAUCAUACUUUGUGUUUGAUAUGGUGGCUACUCUCCCAGGUUUAAUUACUGUCUAAAACCCUGACUACUACUGGUUUAAGAUCUUCAGAUAUGUGCAUUUCAGGAAAUUUCUUCAAUUCAUAAAUAUGUAUCUCUCAAGGAUUUUCAAUAGAAUAGGUCUUAACAAACAAAUAAUUGAAAGAGUAUUCUAUUUCAUCACACUGCUUUUGAAUUUGAUCUUCAUUAUUCAUAUAUUGGCUUGCAUUUGGUGCUUUAUCGGGCUAGAAACAUAAGGAAGCUGGCUUGACAGGAAAAACCUGAAUGAUGACGAGAAGGGUAACAACAAGCCUAACUUUGAAAAAACAAACGUAUCUCAAGUUUAUAUCAGAGCAGUUUACUUUAUCAUCACUACUCUUACUACAGUGGGUUAUGGAGAUUUCAGAGGAUUCACAAAUAAUGAGUAUGUUUUCCAGAUGGCAGUAGAAUUCAUAGGAAUUGGUUUCUUCUCAUUUCUUAUGGGGUCUAUAAACAACAUUUUGGUGCAGGAAUCUAAGCUUCAGGAUAUCAUUGACGAGAAGAUUGAGGAUUUAGAUAUCUGGCUUAGAAGGUUGGAUAAAUCCCGUACAAAUAAGCAUCUGCCGAAGGGACUUUAUGAUAACAUCAAGAACUAUGUGGAAGCUUCGUUCCUCUUGGAUUUUAAUCUUAUUCACUCCUAUGAAUUCUAUGUACAGCUCAAGCCAAAGCUCAGAUACAAAUUAAUCAAUGAGUUAUUUGGUUCAUUUAAACAAAAUUUCUACUAUAUGUUUGAGGAUGAUGAAUUUGAAGGUGGCUAGGAAUUCAUUAGUGAUUUCCUGUCUCAUUUAUACUGCAGAAUUUAUAUUCCUAAAAGUGAGAUUAUAAAGUAUGGUGAGACUUUCCCUGAGCUUUACUUGAUUUAUAAAGGCAUAGUGCUGCUGAGUCUGAAGGGAGUUAGUAAAGAAAAUGAAUUCUUCGUACUGCCAACCUAUUCAUUCUUUGGAGAUUAUCAGAUAACAAUGAACCUCAGAUCUCAGAUAGUUUAUAAAUCUGGAGAGAAUGAGCAUACCUAUUGCAUGUGUUUGAAAAAGUCUAAAUUCUUGAAGCUACUUGAAGAUUAUCCUGAUGCUAAGUAAUUUUACCAUGAGAGAGCUUAUCAGAGAAGAAUUGAAUUCAGAAGAAGGAUGAAAAGACAUCAGUAAAAAACAGCAAUUAAGAAUCCAAACAGAUCUCUUGAGGAAAAUAAGUUAUCAUCUGACUACAGCUCAGACUCAGAUGAUAAUAGUGCUGUUGAUUAUUCUUAGGACGAGUCGACGCCAAAGUCAAGCAUGUAAGGUGGGGAGAGCCCAACACUGAGGAACAGACAUUCAAGUAGUUCAAGGCAGUAAAACACUCAGUAAUCAGGGCUGAGUUACAACUAAUCAAAUAAGAUGAUGGCUCGUCUAAACAAGUACUUCAAUGAAGAAGAUGAUGAUGAGUUUAUCAAUGAUUUUACUUAGGAGGAGUUGGAAAAAAUAAGUGACUCAGAAAAGUUUGACAAUAGAGCAGAGAUUAUAAAGGAAGCUAAUAAAGCUAAAAGUCAAUAGAGUGCUGAGAACAUUUAAAAAGAAAUGCACAAUAUGAGUCAAGCUUUCUAAAUGAUGAAUGCUAGUCUAGAGAAAAACCUUAAAAAUGUCAAUAAGCAUAUAAAAGGAGUCCAAAAAGGGGACCUAUCAUCUUAGACACCAGAGCUUGAACCUCUAUCAAAUAUUUUAGGAUCAUUAUCUUAAAAGCUUGGAAAGCAAGUUUACAAUCAGAUCAUUACUCAAGCUGUAAAAAGUAAGUUUGCACCUGCCGCAACCGAUAAUAAGGCUGGUGGUGCUCUUGGCGGGUUAUUCAAAAACAUUCAAAAUAUAAACAGUUAAGUUGAUUAAAAAGGAUCUGUAAACCUGCUUGGUUUAUAAAAGAAGCAGUAUCUUGAAGAUGAUAAAAAACAAGAAGACAUUGAUUUAUAGAUGAAUAAUGAUACCUUUUAGGAUGUUGAUUAGUAUCUUAACAUUUAACAGAACUUAAGCAAUCGCCAAGACCUAUAACAGCAGUAUUAGGAUUUAGAUUAAUAACAGGAGUUUAAAUAAUAAGAUACAAUGGAAUUACAAUAAAAUUUACACCCUGAUUACGACACUGACUAAAACUAGAAAUGA